UCUGCAUAACCAGUUCCCUUAGAUGCAGUGCACUGGAGUCUGAACAGACAGAUCGACGUUGAUGAUGACGUCACCCCUUCCGUCUGCAUUGAAUACUGACAGCAUUCAAUAAUCUUGCAUCCUUCCGUGAAAUUUCGCCCAUUGGACCUGCGUAAGACGAUUAAAGACCUAAAUUACUCGCUUUGAAUUUCGAACCCUCGGCGGCGCAGAAUUGAACUAUUAAAGCUUCCAUCUUGAGUAGGGUUUAUUGUCGUAGAUAGCUUACCUUAUCCCUGAAGCGAUUGCAGCCUGGUGAUCCUCUUGUUGGUAAUACUCUUGUUGCAGAGAUGGAGUCGGACAAGACGAUGUUGUGGUCGAUGAUGGGUCUCAUGUCCCUGCAAUCCAAGACGCUGCCCGACUUUCUUCAACAACUUUACAAGCUCUGGAAGUCGUAUCGGGAAAAUUCAAGUGCAUACUCUAACAUAGAAAUCCCUGAAUUUGAAGAUUCCCACUUCGGCUCUUCGAAUGAAAUAUACCGAUCUGUGAGUGUUUAUCUGAGCAGCCUUGACGCCACAGCAAAUGCCCCCAGAGUAUCCAUCACGCGCCCCAACCGAAAUACUGAGCCGGUCUUUAACCUGCCCUCUCAACACACAGUCACAGAUGAGUUCGAGGGAGUCCAAGUAUGGUGGACGCAUGUUAUCAACAGCGAUGAGAAGAAAGAUACGAGAGAUAAAAAAGGCAGAAGAACCGAAGGUUCUUCUGAAAGAAAGUACGACUUGAAAAUUUCCAACAAAGACAAAGCUAGGGUUUUAUCAGCCUACAUCGAGCGCAUCUCAGGGUUUGCAGACAAUUUGCAGAGGCGCAGCGAGGAGAGGAAGCUUUUUAGCAAUGACAGUAGAGAGGGCCGUGCAAGAUGGAGCGCUGUGUCGUUCAGGCACUCGUCCACCUUCGAAACCCUAGCUCUGAAACCCUCGCUUAAAGAGAAGAUUAAGCAGGAUCUCGACUGUUUUCUGCAAAGCAAAGAUUUUUACCGCAGGACGGGGCGGGCGUGGAAAAGGGGUUAUCUUCUGUACGGCCCUCCUGGUACCGGCAAGUCCAGCCUCAUCGCCGCCAUUGCCAAUUACAUGAAUUAUGAUGUUUAUGAUCUGGAGCUCACCAUGGUGAUGGACAAUUCUGCUCUCCGUCAGCUCCUGCUCUCAACCGCAAGCAAAUCUGUUAUCGUCAUCGAGGACAUCGAUUGUGCUGCCGAUUUGCCCACCAAGGUAAUGCACAGGAAAAGCUCUGAGUCUCACAAGGAUGAGUCCAGUGAGACUAGAAGGGGCUUUUCGACCAUCACUCUUUCUGGUUUGCUUAAUUUUGCAGACGGGCUUUGGUCCAGCUGUGGCGAAGAGAGGAUCAUGAUUUUUACGACCAAUCACAAGGAGCGACUUGACCCUGCGCUGCUCAGAAGUGGUCGAAUGGAUAUGCAUAUACUUCUGUCUUACUGUGAAUUUGAGGCAUUUAAGCAAUUGGUUUUUAAUUACUUGAAUUUGCGGGAUCACUUGCUAUUUCCGUCUGUAGAAGAGAAGAUGAAAUCCGGAGGGCGUUUGACUCCGGCAGAGAUUUGUGAAAUUCUAAUUCAGAAUAAGUCUAAUCCUGAUUCUGCCAUUAAGGCUGUUAUUGAUGCUCUGGAUGCAGGAAUUUCAAGUGGAAGUGAGAAAUUGACCGACUCUUCUGAAGAUUCAGAUGAGGAAGAAUCGUCAUUGUCUGUGACAUCAUCAUCAUCCGAGGACUGCAUGGCAUGUCACCGUAUUGGUCAGUGUUGGUGUGAUUUUGAGAAUGGAAUUGGGAUAAUGUUGUAUAAGAUUCCGUUUCUACACUUCUUUCCUUUCAUGAAACUCGUUCACCACACUGUGUUGAAGAUCCAUUACAGUCUGGUAAUCCUUUGUGCAGAAAUGGAGUCGGACAAGACGAUGCUGUGGUCGAUGAUGGGUUUCAUGUCGCUGCAAUCCAGAACUCUGCCUGACCUUCUUCAACAACUUUACAAGCUCUGGAAGAAGUACAGAAAAAAUUCAAGUGCAAUCUCUAACAUAGAAGUCCCUGAAUACGAAGAAUCCUCCCUCAACUCCUCCAAUGAAAUAUACCGUUCUGUGCGAAUGUAUUUGAGCAGCCUUGAUGCAACAGCAAACGCCCCCACAGUCUCCAUCACACGGUCCAGACGAAAAACGCCGCCGGUGUUCAAUCUGCCCUCUCAACAUACCAUUAAUGACGACUUCCAAGGAGCUCGAUUGCAGUGGAAGCAUGUUGUCGUGACUGAGGAGAAGCAGGAGACAAGAAGAACAAACAGAAAAUACAUCCUCAAAAUUUCCAGCGCAGACAGAGCUAGGGUUUUGUCAUCCUACAUCGACCACAUUUCAGAGACUGCAAACGAACUGAAGAGGCGCAAUCGGGAUAGGAAGCUCUUCAGCAACGACAGCAAAGAGAUGCAUGGAAAAUGGAGCUCGGUGGCGUUCAAGAAUCCCUCAACUUUCGAAACCCUAGCCCUCGAACCCUCGCUUAAACAGAAGAUUAAGCAGGAUCUCGACUGUUUUGUGCAAAGCAGAGAUUUUUACCGCAGGACUGGGCGGGCAUGGAAAAGGGGUUAUCUUCUGUACGGCCCUCCUGGUACGGGCAAGUCCAGCCUCAUCGCCGCCAUUGCCAAUUACAUGAACUAUGAUGUUUAUGAUCUGGAGCUUACUGCUGUGUGGGACAAUUCCAGUCUUCGUCAGCUCCUACUUGCGACCUCAAGCAAAUCUGUUAUUGUCAUCGAGGACAUCGACUGCGCCGCCGAUUUACCCAACAGGGCAGUUUGCAGGGGACCCUCUGAGUCUCAAAAGGACAAGUCAGAAGACUCUGAACGGGGUUCUUCUACCAUUACUCUUUCUGGUUUGCUUAGUUUUGGAGAUGGGCUUUGGUCCAGUUGCGGCGAAGAGAGGAUCAUGAUUUUUACUACUAAUCACAGGGAGAGACUCGACCCUGCGCUGCUCAGAAGUGGUCGAAUGGAUUUGCAUAUACAUCUGUCUUACUGUGGAUUUGAGGCCUUUAAGCAAUUGGUUUGUAAUUACUUGGAUUUGGGGGAUCACUUGUUAUUUCCCUCUGUAGAAGAGAGGAUGAAAUCCGGAGGGCGCCUGAUUCCUGCAGACAUAUGUGAAAUUCUUUUUCAGUAUAAAUCUGAUCCUGAUUCUGCAAUCAAGGCUGUUAUUGAUGCUCUGGAUGCAGGAAUUUGCAGUGCAAGUGAGAAAGUGAUUGAGUCUUCUGAAGAUGAAGAUGAGGAAGAAUCGUCAUUGUCUCUGUCAUCAUCAUCAUCAUCAGAGGAAUAAUUUGUGGGGUGUGAGGUGUGGGCUGAAAGAGAUCCAGGUAUGAGUCCAAGGAUUUGAUGUUAUUUUGCCAUUAGUUUUUAAGAUAUUUUACUGGGAGAAUGCUACUUCUGCAAGUAAGCAGGCGGUCACAUACAUCAAGCACGACAGGUCAUGCCCGAUGCUUACUUCUUGGUCCUUGAUAGAAAACUUGGGAAGCAAGAUAAGAAUAUAUAAUAUAUAUAUAUAUAACCUAUAACUUUAUCUUUUAAAGUGUCUUUUCCUCAUUGAGUGAGAGGACAACCUAUUUUGUUUUUAUUGGUUGAUUAAGUAAAAUGGUCAUUCAUGUACCAAAUGUUAUCAUAUAAGACGAAAAUAAAAAUCUAAGGUAUUUGUGUAAGGUAAAGCAAGUAAUGAGUGGUGUCGUAUA